UAAAUAGUGUAAAAUAAAGACAAAUUAUUAAAAAAUAUUUAAAAAAUGAAGAUUUUGCGAUCACAAUACAUGAAAUUAAGAAAUAAUGCAGGAGGCCCCAGAAGUGACCAAAACAAUGGCUUAGGAAAAAAGAUUCCCCGCAAAGAUCAAACACUUAAUAAUGGCAACAAGCAGUUGUCGAACAUUGGAACUAGAAAUGCUCAACCAAUCGGAGGUCUACGACGAGCUAGUGUAAACCUUGUAAACUCUUUCUCUGAUCCUCCUGCUACAAAUAUUAAAAUAUUAUUUGAUAAUAUAGAUGAAUCGUUGAAAAAACUUAAUGUCGUGGUAGAAUUCACUAAUAUGGAUGCCAUGUGGUUAACGCGACUCUAUCGAACCUAUGAAAAUGAAUUGUGGCAUAGAAAACCACGCUUAGAUGUUUUUGGCAAAAAGAAAUGGUUUUUUCAAUGUCAUUUGUGUGAUCGGGUUUUAAUGGCAUUUACCGGCCUAAAAACUCAUCUAAAUCGACAUUUAAACUAUUAUCCUUAUGUCUGCAAAUUGUGCCUGAAAAAAUACACUAAUCGUAAAGCAGUUACCAACCACUUGAAGAGACAACAUAAUAUAAGUAAGGAAGAUUGGAAUGACAAUUUGACGAGUUAAAUAUGGAUAUUGGAUAUGAAUAGUUUUAGCUGGAACUGAAAUUAUUUUCUGGAGUCCCAAAGCCUACACAGGUGAAGUGUUUUUUAUGUUUUUUAUUUAAUCGAAAUUGUUUAUUUUAUUGGAAGCCACUACACCAUUUGAACAUUUCAAGUUAAAGUUGUAAAAAAGUUUUAUGGAAGAUUGUUUAGUUUUUGAAUAUUACCAAUUGUAAAGUCAACUUUAGUUUAGAACUUAUUUUGGAAUUAAUUCUAUUUGAACUAGAAAGAACUUAUUUUCAAUCAUAUAUCAAUCAAUUUUGAGAUUUUUUUAUUUUUUAAAAAGAAAUAGUUACUAAA